AUGUCUCUGCAGUCAAUUGCUGCCAUCACCAGCUCGUUUCUGCUCAGAUUCGCAGCCUUUGUUUUUCUCCGAUGGAUCCCUGGUAGACACUUUCCUCCAAUUGUCUUCACCUCGUUUGUUGUCUACUUCUCGACGUGGUCAUCCUUGGCUCAGCAGAAAUCCUCCCGGCGCUCCGACAAUAAACACGAUGACCGCAAAACCAAACGGGCAGGUGCUGCCAGCUCGAAUGACUCGGUUCUUAAGACGCUCUUUACCGGCCUUCCAUCCCCCAGGCUUCCACGGACGUCGCGUGUGACUGCCUUGAUCAACAUCGUCCUGACUCUAUUCACACUGGACUUUCUCCUUCGUGGCCUGGUUCUCUACUCGGGCGAAAAUCUCGCGUUGUCCCGUGUUGGAUAUGUCUCGCCAACUACGGCUAGCUUGCUCAUCCGUGAGCCCGACCCAGCUCAGCUUCCUUUAACUGUUUCUUACCAGGAAGCGGUCGAGGAAAACAAUCCGGUGAAAUGGAUCGAAGAGGGCAUUAUUUACAAGCUCGAUAAUACGACUGACUUUACGGCAUCUAUCGUCCUGAAAGGCCUGAAGCCUUCCUCGCAGUACCGCUAUUCGCUCUCCAACAACCACGCAGGUACCUUUUCUACAGCACCACUACCAGGCACGGAAUCUGCACAUGAGCUCACGUUCUUGACCUCGAGCUGCAUGAAGCCAAACUUCCCCUACAACCCGCUGUCGCAUCCACUGCGCUUACCGGGAGUUGAACAGGUGUCCGAGACAAUCUCCAAGUUGUUGUUCCGGCCAACAUUCAUGCUGUUUCUUGGAGAUUUCAUCUACAUCGACGUUCCCAUGCGCUUUGGAUCUUCUAUUUCGCACUACCGCAGCGAAUACCGCCGAGUCUAUUCCUCUCCAUCGUGGACCAGCUCCCCCGAAAACCCCUCCAUCGACCUCCCAUGGCUUCACACACUCGACGACCACGAAAUCGAAAACGACUGGUCCCACGGCAACACCACAGCACCAUAUCCCGCCGCAGCAGAACCCUACAUCCACUACCACGUCAGCGUCAACCCCCCAAUCCCGCCAACCCCAUUCGCCAAACCCGAAGACACAUCCUACUUCUCCUUCAUCCACGGCCCAGCCUCCUUCUUCGUGCUCGACAGCCGCACCUACCGCUCCGAGCCUGCGCAAAUCAACUCUACAAUCCUAGGCUCCGCGCAGCUCCAAUCCCUCCUCACCUACCUGGCCCGCCCGGAACCUGCAGAGGUCCGCUGGAAAAUCAUCGCUUCUAGCGUCCCUUUUACGAAGAACUGGCACGUCGGGACAACAGAUACAUGGGGCGGGUUCCUAAACGAGCGCCGCACCGUCUUCGAAGCAAUGUGGCGCGCAGAGCGGGAACUAGGCGUCCGCAUUGUCCUGCUUAGUGGUGAUCGCCAUGAAUUCGCAACAACCCGGUUCCCAGACCCCACACUCGGUUUUGAUACAAAGGACUUAGAACCGAAUACAGCUGGUGAGGGCCUGCACGAGUUCAGCGUCGGCCCGCUGAGCAUGUUCUACCUUCCUGUAAGGAGUUACUGGCAAUCAGACCAUGAAGACGUCACGGUGAAAUAUAUCCCAGAUGGGAAUGUGAAGUACGGGUUGAUUGAUAUCAGAAACGGCGAGGAGCCCGUUGACACGGACUCCGGGACCCCUGUUCUGGUUCCUAACUCAGUCCUGACAUACUCGCUGUACGUUGAUGGCGCUGUGAUCUGGGAAUAUAGACUUAGUGUCCCGCUCCCUGAGAAGCAGGGCCAUUUGCCUGCCGGGUCUACUGCUAAGCAUCCGAGACUCCCGCCGGGCAAGGUCGUUCGUGACGAGAGACAGGCGGAGGGGUGGGAUGUUCCUGUUAUGUUUGUUAUUGGACGGUUGGAGGAGAUGAUUGGAUUGGUGAGGAGGAGUGUUGUGGAGUGGUAUUAUGAGGGAUUAGAGGGGGCGGGGAGGGCGGAGAGGGUUGAUUAG